GAGUUGAUUAUUGCUUCCGGCCCGCCCUCUAGCCUGAGGCCGGGGGAGGGCCGGACUGUAGCUAAAACCGAGGAGUACAGAAGCCUCCGCUGGGAACCCGCCCCACCGGGCGUGGGCACAGCACUGCGGCCAUGCCCACCUCCGUGCUGUGGGCGGUGGACCUCUUUGGGAGAGUGUAUACCCUGUCCACGGCCGGUCAGUACUGGGAGCUUUGCAAGGAUGUCCAAUUGGAGUUCAAGAGGGUCAGUGCGGCCACCCAGUGCUGCUGGGGCAUCGCCGGCGACAACCAGGUCUACUUGUAUGUGUGCUCCAGUGAUGUACCCAUCCGCCAUCGAGAGGAGGCCUAUGAGAAUCAGCGUUGGAACCCCAUGGGAGGCUUCUGUGAGAAGCUCCUGCCGAGCGACCGCUGGCCAUGGAGUGACGUGAGUGGGCUCCAGCAUCGGCCGCUGGAUGGGGUAGCACUGCCUUCGCCACACUGGGAAUGGGAGUCAGACUGGUACGUGGAUGAGAAUUUUGGAGGGGAGCCCACCGAGAAAGGGGGGUGGACAUACGCUAUGGACUUUCCUGCCACCUACACUAGAGACAAGAAAUGGAAUUCAUGUGUGCGAAGGAGGAAAUGGAUCCGGUAUAGGCGAUACAAAUCCCGGGACUCCUGGGCCAAGAUCCCCUCAAAGGAUGACCCCAAGGAACUCCCUGAUCCCUUCAAUGACCUGUCUGUUGGGGGGUGGGAGAUCACAGAGGAACCAGUCGGCCGCCUGUCAGUGUGGGCUGUAUCCCUGCAGGGAAAGGUGUGGUACCGAGAGGAUGUCAGCCACCCCAACCCAGAAGGCUCCUCCUGGUCUCUCGUGGAAACCCCAGGGGAGGUGGUCCAGAUCAGCUGUGGGCCCCACGACCUUAUAUGGGCCACCCUCUGGGAGGGACAGGCUCUGGUCAGAGAAGGAGUCUGCAGGAACAACCCAAAAGGAAGUUACUGGUCCAUGGUGGAGCCUCCUGGAUCUGAAAACGGUAUCAUGCACGUCUCCGCGGGCGUCAGUGUGGUCUGGGCCAUCACGAAGGACCGCAAAGUGUGGUUCCGGAGGGGUGUCAACUCUCACAACCCCUGUGGCACCAGCUGGAUCGAGAUGGUCGGAGAGAUGACCAUGGUGAACGUGGGGCUGAAUGACCAGUUUGACAGUGUGGACUCUUUCUAAAACGUAAAGAAGUUUGGGUUUGGAGAGAUGGCUCAGUGGUUAAGAUCAAUGGCUGCUCUUCUAGUGGACCCAAGUUCGAGUCCCAGCACCACGUUGCUCACCACUGUCUGUAACUCCAGCUCUAGGGGACCCAACUACCUCUUCUGACCUCUCUUGGUUGGGGGAGGGGAGCUGCCUUCUCCUGCCUUGGGUUUCUGCAGUCACCUGCCAUCCCCAGUGGCUACCUUGGUCCUGACACACACCCUCAAGCAUGCUCCCAUGUCAUGCUAAGGAGACUUCUGCCUGCAUUUGCGUACCUGUCCUACCGCCCCGCUGAGCAUCCUUGGACCCUCUACCCUUCUCCAGCACCUGUGGAAGGGGUAGGAGUCCAACUAUGUGCCCAGCUGCCUCUAAGUAGCACCCUGUUUGUUCUAGGUCUGGGGUAUCAGCUGUGAGGACCGAGCCGUAUACUUCCGGCAGGGUGUGACUCCCAGCGAGCUCAGCGGGAAGACAUGGAAGGCCAUUGUCGUGGGCCGAGAAAGUGACCGGUCACACUCUGGCAGCUCGUCCAGUCUCCUCAGUGCUGGCUGCUUCUUCGGCGACGAGGUGAGGGGCAGUGGUACAGAGUCGGCACCCAGUGAUACCGAUGCCUCCUUGGAAGUUGAGAGACAGGGCCCCGAACAGCCUCUCCCCAAAGAAGCUUUGGACAAUUCCACAAACCUUAAAGGGAGCUUGUCCAAGGGCCACGAGACCAGCGGGAACACUGAUCACUCCACGGAGAACGCCUGCCUGACUGAAGGCAAAGAAAAGGCUCCUGAGACCUCUCGUUCUGAUGAAUGCCGCGGCCCUGCCUCCACGCCAGCUGAGCUGCCCUGGACCAACAUUGACCUAAAGGAGCCCAAGAAGGUGUCUAACCAGCCAGCUGCUGGCUUUCCCGAGACGGCGGGCCUCUCCUCCCUGGGGCUCUUCCCGAUGGGCAUGGAGGAGCCGUACGGGGCAGAUGAUCAUCCUCUGUGGGCCUGGGUGUCUGGAGGCGCAUGUGCAGUGGAGGCGGGCUCUACACUUAAGUGGUUCACCAUCCAGUCAGGCCUGUCCCCUUCAGUGCAGACGCUGUCCCUGUCCAUCACCCCUGCCCAGACGGCUGCCUGGAGGAAGCAGAUCUUCCAGCAACUCACAGAAAGGACCAAGCGGGAGCUGGAGAGCUUCAGGCACUACGAGCAGGCCGUGGAGCAGUCAGUGUGGGUGAAGACGGGGGCCCUGCAGUGGUGGUGUGACUGGAAGCCCCACAAGUGGGUGGACGUCCGUGUGGCCCUGGAGCAGUUCACAGGGCACGACGGGGCUCGAGACAGCAUCCUCUUCAUCUAUUAUGUGGUCCAUGAGGAGAAGAAGUACCUACACGUGUUCCUGAAUGAGGUGACCGUGCUGGUCCCUGUGCUUAAUGAGGCCAAGCACUCCUUUGCCCUCUACACCCCCGAGAGGACGAGACAGAGGUGGCCCGUACGCCUGGCUGCCGCCACAGAGCAAGACAUGAAUGACUGGCUCGCCCUGCUUAGCCUGUCCUGCUGCGAGAGCCGGAAGGUCCAUGGACGCCCAUCCCCGCAGGCCAUCUGGUCUGUCACUUGCAAGGGUGACAUCUUUGUGAGCGAGCCCAGCCCAGACCUGGAAGCCCGUGAGCGCCUGCUGCCCUGCGACCAGAUGUUCUGGCGACAGAUGGGAGGCCACUUGCGGAUCAUAGAGGCCAACAGCCGAGGCGUGGUAUGGGGCAUUGGCUAUGAUCACACGGCCUGGGUGUACACGGGCGGCUAUGGCGGCGGUUGCUUCCAAGGCCUGGCCAGUAGCACCAGCAACAUUUACACACAGUCAGAUGUGAAGAGUGUCUACAUCUAUGAGAACCAGCGUUGGAACCCUGUCACGGGCUAUACCAGCAGGGGUCUGCCCACUGACCGGUUCAUGUGGAGUGAUGUCACGGGACUACAAGAAUGUACCAAGGCCGGCACAAAACCCCCAUCGCUGCAGUGGACUUGGGUCUCUGACUGGUAUGUGGAUUUCAGUGUCCCCGGAGGCACCGAUCAGGAAGGAUGGCAGUAUGCCAGCGAUUUCCCCGCCUCUUACCAUGGGUACAAAACCAUGAAGGAUUUUGUCAGGAGAAGGUGCUGGGCCAGAAAAUGCAAGCUGGUGACCAGUGGGCCGUGGCUGGAGGUGGCCCCCAUCACCCUCAGCGACGUGUCCAUCAUCCCAGAGAGUGCACAUGCUGACGGGAGAGGGCACAAUGUUGCACUAUGGGCCGUCAGUGACAAGGGGGACGUCCUGUGCCGCCUGGGUGUGUCUGAACUCAACCCCGCGGGCUCCUCCUGGCUGCAUGUUGGCACUGACCAGCCCUUCGCCUCUGUCUCCAUCGGAGCCUGCUAUCAGGUGUGGGCUGUGGCCAGGGAUGGCUCUGCAUUCUACCGGGGCUCCGUGUCUCCCUCCCAGCCAGCUGGUGACUGCUGGUACCACAUCCCCUCCCCUCCCAAGCAGAAGCUGACACAGGUGUCUGUGGGCCAGACAUCCGUUUAUGCCUUGGACGAAAAUGGGAACCUGUGGUACCGAGCAGGGAUCACCCCCAGCUACCCGCAGGGCUCCAGCUGGGAGCAUGUAUCCAACAAUGUACGCAAAGUGUCUGUGGGACCCCUGGACCAGGUCUGGGUGAUUGCCAACAAAGUCCAGGGGAGCCAUGGCCUGAGCCGGGGGACGGUGUGUCGUCGCAUGGGUGUCCAGCCUCGGGAGCCCAAGGGACAGGGCUGGGACUAUGGCAUUGGCGGAGGCUGGGACCACAUCUCUGUCCGGGCCAAUGCCACCAGGGUCCCAAGGAACAUGUCCAGGGAUCGGGAGGCCCGCGGUCCAGGUCCUGUUUGCUGCUGAGGCCACUCCUCACCUGGAGGCAAGGAUGGUCUGAGCCUGCAGAACCAGAACUGAAAUCUUUCUUGUGCUGUAUGGGAGGGCAUCACCCAGGGCCCCACACCCAAGGAGUCAGGUCAGAGUCAGCCAUUUCUGCAGCACUGGCAAAAUGCCAGAGGUGUGAAACUGCGGGGGGCCGCUCCCACUCAUGUUCUGAGUCUGUGAGGGAUGCUGCGGGGAAGAGCCGUGGUAACUACUGUCUGGGUCCCUCAGCCCCGGUCCCUGCCUGCAAUACCUCCCAUCUUUCCAGGCCAGGAACUCAGAGCCCUCCAUACAUUCUGGCCCUAGAGAGGCAGAGGCAGGGAGGACCCUUCCACACCUAGAGACCCCAAAUCACCUCUAGGAAAAAUAACAGUGGGGUUCAGGUCUCCAGGCAUCAGUCGGGUCACUCCUCAGCAGGUUUUCCAAAUGGAGUUUUGCUUCAAAAGUUAAGCAAAGGGCUGGAUGCCCAUAGGCCCUGCACUCAGGAAACUGAGGCAGGAGGAUCGUGAGUUUGAGACUACCCAGGACUACAUACCAAGACUGUCACAAAAAAAAAAAAAAAAAAAAAAAAAAAAAGAAAAUCUAGAUAAAUACGCCAGGCACGCCAUGUCUGUACUCUGAAGGUGAAGGCAAGAUCAGGAAUUCAAGGGUAUCCUCAGGCUCCAUAAUAAGUUUGAGGCCAGCCUGGACUACAUAAGACCCCGCCUCAAUCUACCAAGAUGGGUACAGGUCUUAUCCUGGAGGUUUGGGGCUCCCUCCCGUGGUGCACUGGAAGGUAGUUCCCUUGUGAAGAGUCAGCAUUAUGAACUCCAGUGUCGUCCCUCCUUCAGGAAGGGGGCAGGGUCUGCUUGCACAGGACUGUGUUGCAGGACUGUGUUGCAGGAUGGCCAGGUCUGGGUGGAGGCAGCCUGCACUUUGGAUUUGAAGGAAGAAAUCUGUGUCCUGUGGAGAGGGACUGGCCCAUGGCAAAUGUGUGCCCCAGCAGGUGAUGCCUCGUGCUUCAGGAGGGCCAGAGCCAAGCCCGACUCUACUUAUUUAGAGACAGGACAGAGCCCUAACUGGUUUGUCCCAGAAUCCUCCCCGUUUGAUGUCCUGGACAGGAGGGGUAUCCCCAGAAGCUAAGAGGACACUACUCUGGGGUCCCAUCCCAAGGACAUGAGUGGCUCCAUGUCCUCCGAAUUUCCAGAGGUGAGAGCAGACACACCCACGUGCAGAGAGGCAUCAAGGGGUUGCCCUCAUGUCAGUGUCAGGGUCCCAAGGGGGCAUCUGGGUCUGUCCCCAGCGGCCGUGACCUCUGUGUUCUUCUGCACAUGUUUCUCAGCUGAGCACCGCCAGGGUGUCACCAGGGUGACGUACCCUCUCACUGCUGAGCACCAACAACAGUUCACUCCAUCAGUGGCACCAAACUGUCUACACUCCCCAGAUGUUCUAUUUAAUAAAAAUUUAUACCACAGCG